AUCGAAAGUGAUAUUUCAUUUUACACGUGUCUUCUCGAGUGACACGCGACAUAGCAACUCACACCGUCAGUAUGCCCAGAUCUUUCCUAAUCAGAAAUGGGCCCCGCAGCUAUUGUAACGACAAUUCUGCUUUGACUCCAAUAGAUUACUCCAAGACCGGCUCCCUUCGCCAUACUUCUCCACCCGGCCACCCUGGAAACAACAUGGCGUCGUCUACGGCAGUCCAACCGCAGCCCAUCUUCAGCUACCCUAGUCUGUCUUCACACGGUAGCCCCUCCCUCGGAAUGUACCCUCCCGUCCCCCGGGCGUCGCUUGGCGCCCACAGCGGAUUGUCAUUGUACCCUCUCCCGGCCUACGUCGCCUUCAACUCGUACCACAUGAACUCUUGGACGUGUUCGCCUUACCCCGACUGUCGGUGUGAGGGGGACGGGACUCCGGUCACCCCCAUCAUGGGCCUACCCCUGGAGGCAUACCGUGGAAUGACGACACCAAACACCCCCGAGAAAGACAGUAGUCCAGGGUAUGACGUUGCCAGAGAACUUGUCUACAGUGACGCCGAUAGCCCUGAUGAGAAACCACGAUUGAAACCCCGCUUCGACUUUUCCCGUCUUGCCGAAUCAGCCACACGAGACUUGAAGAAAACCGAAGGCGACGCGACGAGAUCUGGUAGCGCAGACGCCAAAGUCUACAGCCACGCUCUAGCCCUGUUGCAAGACAGCUUGAGGUACAGCCAAUUACUGAGCGGUAUCAGACUUCCGGUGUUGCAGAGGGCACCAACAGACACGGAGAAACUAAAGAUCAAAAGACCUAGAAGAGCCAAGAAAGAGUUUAUAUGCAAGUACUGCGGGCGCCAUUUCUCCAAGUCCUACAACCUGCUGAUCCACGAGAGAACCCACACAGACGAGAGACCCUUCCCUUGUGAGAUCUGUGGCAAGGCGUUCAGACGACAAGACCAUCUCCGUGACCACAGGUACAUACACUCCAAGGAGAAGCCUUUUAAAUGCGAGACAUGCGGCAAAGGAUUCUGUCAGAGUCGAACCCUGGCAGUCCACAGAGCAACUCACAUUCAGCCUUAACCUGUAACCGGUGCGGUUUGCAGUAUUACCUGUUAUGAAGGCCGGAAAGUGCUAUUGAAAGACAGACGUCAUCGCAAGUGGCGAACACGCGGGCUUGUGCAUGUUUCACCACCGCGCGUACUGCUGACAUCAGCAUCUCCAACAAACUGUUUAGGGAACAACUUGAGACAGUUGUUGCAGUGCCUGCAUUGCACGUGCUCCACAGCCUACUCAUCCUAGUCUUCAGAAGGCAGUUGUCGCAAGGCCUACGUUGCAAGUGCUCCACGGCCUACAUUGUUCUCGACGAAGGCCAUGUUGCAUGACUGUGAACACCCCGCCAUGCUGCAUGAAGAUGAACACCCCUGACGUUAUGUUGCAUGACGGUGAACAUCCCGCCAUGCUGCAUGAAGAUGAACACCCCUGACGUUAUGUUGCAAUCCUGUUAUCAUUAUUUGUUUUGUUAUGAUUUCACGUUUACUUUGUUAGUGAUGAGAUACUUCAUAAUAUACAAGUAUUUGUAUUCUAGAACCAAAACUAACGUGUGUAGCUAGUCGGUGCUUCUUUCUCUACACGAUGCCAAACUUACGCCUAGUAUGUAUAUGACUAACUGUACAUAGGUAUAUUAUCAAGACAUAUACACUACAGAACCAGUUGUGCCAAUUGUUUGAAGCAAAUCCUAAUUGCGUCCAUGGAAUCUACCUGUGUGCUAGCGAGCGUGUCCCGCGAACCCAGUGCCAACGCCAAUACAGUAUUAUAAUGUGAUAAGCACAAAGCUGCCCCCACCUGUAGAGGGUGGAGCAGUGUAGUUGUAGUGGGUAGAUCUGUAGGUAGGGUUGUAGACUUAGUGACGGUCUCAGUGUCUGAGAUUCAUCGUAACUACUGCCACCAUUCCUUCGAUGUACAUACAAGCUAGGCAUAGACAUGGGAAACUUGCUGAUGCAAAAUAAAUAAAUAAUAAUGAUUU